CACCCGCAUACCGACAGCUCAAAGUCAGAGGUUACUUAGUAGUUGUCCAGUCUCCAGAAGAUAUUCAGCGCAAAGUCAUUGGUAACUUAGUAGUUGUCCAGUCACUCGUAGACCGACAGCUCAAAGUCAGAGAUUACUUAGUAGUUGUCCAGUCUUCAGAAGACAGUCAGAUUAAAGUCAGUGCUCACUUAAUAGUUGUCCAUUGACCAGCUGACAGUCAUUUCUGAGCCAGCAGUGAGAAAGAGACACGUGUCCACCAAUUACUGACCAGCCCAUCGUCAGCAGACAGUAGAAGCGAGUGGUCCCCACCACAUUCUAUAUCUACCCACGAUCUCUCAAAUCACCACACACUGCCGUUUACUUUGCUGAGAUUCGGACGUCUUGAGAAGAAACUCCAGCAGCAGCGUGCAUGUGCGUAGAGUUGAGCAGGGAGAGAGUUCACGAUGUGUAAGAUUCCGAAAUGGCUGCUCCAAAAGGAGUGGCUAACCCGAAGCGACCUAGUCAAACUGGCGGAGACCAGUGGCUCGUCGCUUGAGGCGGUCUUAGCCAUCGACCACAGCAUCGACCUACAACACACCUAUAGGUUUCGGUGCACAUUUUGCCCGCGCCUGUGCGACAGAGAGGUCAAGGAGUACCGGAAGGAGGAUCUGGCCAGGCAGACAAUGAGGGCUCACCUCCUUGACCACAUCAAGAAUUUUGCUGCGACUGUGCCCCAGGAGGACCAAGAAGAUUUUCUCACAAGAAAUCAAAUGUGGCGUGAGAAAAAGACAGGAUCGAAAGCCCCAGCAUCGAAGAAUGAAACCUCGGCCAAGCUAGCCAGAGGAGCCAAAAGACAGUCCAUCGACGGCGGAUCAACGAGCUCGGAAACUGCUGGGAGUGCCAGCCCCCAAGAAAGCAAGAAGCCGAAACGCCAGGUGAAGCGAUCCACCAAAUCUGCCCCCAAGCUGAACGGACGGCCACAGCCUUUGGAAGACGCAGAGAGCCGCGACGAUGAGGAGGAAAGUGAUGAUGAAGAAUAUGUUGAGACAGUUUCUGCCCGAGCUGCAAAGAAAAGGAAAGCCACCAGACAGAAGACGUCUUUGAAGAAGGUUGGCGGGAAGAAAUGUAAGGUGGAGGCUGCUCUGAUGGAGACUCAUGAGGAGGAGGAGGAGGAGGAGGAGCUGUCCGUAAGUGAAAACUCGAAAGACUUGAAUUGGAGUCCAGAUGAAUCAUCUAACGAAGCGAGCACCGCAACACAGACAGAGACAAGGGGGAAGAAGAAGGAACCCAGUUUACCACCAACUUUUCAGUACAAAGUAGCCACCAUGCUGUUUGCUACCAAAUGCUCGGAGUUUAGCGAGUUGGAGAAGACGCUGGACGGUGUUCUGAAGAAAGAGGGAGUGAAGAAACAGUUUCCUGGAGAAACUCUCUCACAUGAAGACAGAGUGAACAUCUUGGGCGGAAUGGCCCAGCUCAUGGAGGCAUGUGCAAUCAACGAGCAGGAAGUUGCUGCGCGCUUGAAGCAAUUGACGCCCUUAACAGAGCAGGAGAGAACGACUCUGAGCUCCUUGACGCCCGAGCAGUGGAAGACCUUGAGGAACGGCAAGGAUCUGGAGUCGCAGACGCGUCUGAAGGUGAGUUACAUUUUCUGGGACAAAUCACAGGGCAGAAUCCGUUUGUGGAAGUGCACUCGAUGUGAGGCAUCAGGGGUACAGGAGAAAGAUUUGACCUUCACCCGCAAACAUUCCCUACAGUACCACAUCUUGAACGAGAUUGGGAUCCCACGAUACCGCUGCCCAGAGCCAGGUUGCCCUAAGAUGCACAACCACACACACCACGGCCAGAGCCAUGUCCGUCAGCACACUGGGGAGAAGAAGUAUAAAUGCCAGGUGGACGAUUGUGCGGCAGCGUUCACCAAUCGCAACACAUAUAGCAGGCACCUGCUGAACAUUCACAAUUAUGUGCUGCAACGGAACAAUGAAAUGAUUCAGAUAUCUCCUGAAUCAGCCCAAGAAAAAAUUCGUGAAGCCCAGUCAAAGGCCAAGACUAGGAAUAAGAUCAAGAGACAGAUGGGAAGUAACGUUGCGAUGAACAGCGUUGAAAUGAAGCAGGAAGGCAGAUCUGACAGUUCCGACAGUUGUGUGAGCCAGGUGCCAUCCACUGGUGAGCCAACUAGGCAGGAGGACAGUUCCGACAGUUGUGUUAGCCAGGUGCCAUCCACUGGUGAGCCAACUAGGCAGGAGGACAGUUCCGACAGUAGUGUGAGCCAGGUGCCAGGUGACGAACCAAUGAUCAAGGAGAGACAUCCUGCACAGGUUUCAACAGACAACCCAGGCACUUCCAAGCUGUUUCACGUCUUCCAAAAAUAUGAGAAGGAAGUUUUGCAGAAAAAUGAAAAAGCACCCCCUCGUCCAUAUAAACAUCCGACCACAGAACAUCCGUCCACAGAACAUCCGACCACAGAACAUCUGUCCACAGAACAUCUGUCCACAGAACAUCCGACCACAGAACAUCCGUCCACAGAACAUCCGACCACAGAACAUCUGUCCACAGAACAUCCGACCACAGAACAUCCGCCCACAGGACAUCUGACCACAGGACAUCUGACCACAGAACAUCUGUCCACAGAACAUCCGACCACAGAACAUCCGCCCACAGAACAUCCGUCCACAGAACAUCCGCCCACAGAACAUCUGACUGCUGCACCCAAGCACCUCAAGGUUAGCUAUAAGGAGAAUAAAGAAAUGCAAUGUGCAGACGCAGGUCCGUGCUUUGAACCGAAUUGCACACAGAGAGGUGUGGAGGAGACGGAGGGUGACAAGACAGUGUUUCAGCCACCAGUUACUGAAGCCAAAGUGUUGGUCGCUCGGCCAGACAACAUUCAGUCAUCACAUGGGACGUCACAAGGAACGUCGGCCACACGUGUGUCCGACCUAUACAGCACACACUCGGCACUUAUGGUACCCGCCCCCGAGUCUACCUAUGUGUACGACUCAUCCCCUUCACAGCUGCAGUGCAAGUUUGUAGAUUUCCGCCACAAGACCGCCGAGACUCCUCCACGUGAGUCUCAAAAAGUACUCGCUGUGCUGGCUAGCUUGGUGCUAGUCCCAAAUCUGAUGGUAUAA